AUCGCUACUCCUUCUUUGCCCCUUACAAUUCCCGCGAUCCGGUCCUGGCACGACGUCCGUCCAUGCCUCUCGUGCGCCGACUCGGAGCAGUCUCGACACCCGAGAACUAAGAUAAAUCACCUUCUCUUACCCGCCGGCAGGCCCCCUCACGGUCAGGCACCAUGAUGCACAACACGAUCCAGCGGGAGAUCCAGAGGGAGAACCGGCGGUGGCUCCUGCUCCGGCUGAUGGAGGAAGGCCGCGUCGACCCGCCGGCUCCUGCUCCCGCUCCAUCUCCGAUCUUCCGUCACCGUGCCAACAUCUUCGUCAGGUGUGCUUUAACCAUGCUGAGCCUGGCGACACUGGCCUCCUUGUUCGUGCUCAAGUACAAGUACCACGACCCCGAGCUGCAGCACCCUCUCCUCAUGGCGCUCUGUGUCUUUCUAGCUCUCUGCUUCAUUCCAGCCGGGUUCCUAUGUACUCAAGACUAAUUGCCUUCUUGUUUGCUUGGAUGGAGGAUUCUUCUUCUUCUUUCAGGCAACAAUUUACUGUUCAGAAAGAUGAACUGUUGACCAAAAAGGCAACAACUCAUUAGACUAGAUAAACUGUUGUUAGUGCAUCACAUUAUCAGCUACGGCAUGUGCGCGCUCUCUUCCUAAGUUUCUGUGCACUUUGGUGCUUGCUUGCUUGCUUACACAAGCUCGUCGACGGCGCGUAGAAUU